UCAAGCACAAGUGGUAGAAAAAGUACCGUAAACAAGGAAUCAGUCAGGUCACGCUUCUGAAUAUAACUGAAUGUAACCUGUAGAGAAGUUUGUGUGUCAUUCCCUCAAUUCGUCAGAAAGAACUCCAAUGGCUUCCCUUCAAUGGCUCAAAGAAAGCUGCAUUUCCUUCUUGCUAUUUGCGUCCAUCUUCCUUCUCAUUCUCCUGCAAUUUCUCCUGAAGGGAAAAUCGAGCAAACGAAAUCGCAAUCUUCCUCCCGGCCCUCCAAAGUUACCAAUCAUUGGUAACCUUCACCAGCUUGGUAGCAUGCCACACCUGUCCCUCCGCCGCCUGGCUGAAAAGUUUGGACCCAUCAUGUACUUACAACUAGGUGAAGUCCCAACUGUGGUAGUUUCAUCAGCUAGAAUGGCAAAGGAAGUGAUGAAAACCCAUGACCUUGCACUUGCAAGCCGCCCCCAGAUCUUUUCAGCUAAACAUCUGUUCUAUGAUUGCACUGACGUUGUCUUCUCCCCUUAUGGUGCUUACUGGAGGCAUAUUCGGAAAAUCUGCAUUCUUGAACUACUAAGUGCUAAACGGGUUCAAUCAUUUGGCUUUGUCAGGGAAGAAGAAGUUUCCCGUCUGAUCCAUAGAAUUGGAGAGUACUCUUAUCCCAGCACCGUAAAUCUAAGCAAGGUGCUAGGCUUAUAUGCAAAUGAUGUUCUGUGCCGAGUUGCAUUUGGAAGAGAUUUCUCACAAGGAGGAGACUAUGAUCGGCAUGGUUUCCAAAAGAUGCUCGAAGAUUAUCAAGAGUUACUUGGAGGAUUUAGUACCGGGGAUUUCUUCCCUUCCAUGGAGUUCAUACACAACUUAACAGGUAUGAAAACAAGACUCCAGCACACAUUCCGACGCUUUGAUCAGUUUUUCGAUGAGGUUAUAAAUGAACAUCUUAAUCCUAAAAGACAAAAAGAGGAGCGCAGCAAGGACCUUGUGGACGUUUUGCUCGAUGUACAGAAAAAUGUCUCUAAUGAAAUUCCUCUCACCAUGGACAAUGUUAAAGCCAUCAUCUUGGACAUGUUUGCUGCAGGAACAGACACGACCUUCAUAACUCUUGAUUGGGGAAUGACAGAGCUUAUUAUGAACCCAAAAGUAUUGGAAAGAGCGCAAGCAGAAGUCCGAAAAGUUGUAGGGGAGAGAAGAGUGGUCUUAGAGAGUGAUCUGCCUCAGCUUGACUACAUGAAAGCUGUCAUCAAAGAGAUCUUCCGUUUACAUCCUCCUGCUCCAGUCUUAGUCCCCAGAGAAUCCACCGAAGAUAUUAGAAUUAAUGGGUUUGAUAUUCCAGCCAAAACACGGGUUUUUGUCAAUGCCUGGGCAAUCGGCAGAGAUCCAGAGUCAUGGGAAAAUCCUGAAUCCUUUGAACCCGAAAGAUUUUUAGGUAGUCCAAUCGACUUCAAGGGGCAAGAUUUUGAGUUGAUACCAUUUGGAGCCGGUAGAAGAAGCUGCCCAGCUAUAACAUUUGGCACAGCAACUGUAGAGCUUGCAGUGGCUCAGCUACUCCAUAGCUUUGAUUGGGAGCUUCCCCCAGGUACUGAAGCUAAAGAUUUGGAUAUGACAGAAACUUUUGGCAUUACAAUGCACAGGAUAGCCGACCUGACGGUUAUUGCUAAACCACAUUUUCCUUAGAUCAAGGCAUCGUUUAGAAAUAAGUAAGAUAAAUAAAUAAUAACUCUUUUUUUGACAAGGGAUGAACAGGCUAGGUAUGUUACAGUAGUAUAGAGAAGUCCCUAGGGGAAGCUGUGUGAGAUUUUGUGUACUGGUAUACCCCUGUUAUCUUUUGUAAAGGGCAUAGCCUUGCUAAAUCAAUUGUAAUGAGGUGAACUGCGGUUCCCUGCUUUUUCCUUGCUAAAUCAAUUGUAAUGAGGUGAAUUGCGGUGUUU